CUCCAUUUACGCCAAGCGUUCCGAAUCCCUCUCCUCCCCUCCCAUUCCUCUCAUCUCCGGCACGAGAUAGAGAUGAGAUGGAGUGCUCCCUCUCCUUAGAAUUAACCAGGAAGAUGGCGAGCACCAGCUCUUCUUUUCUUCCCUCUUCCUUUCCUCCCCCCAAUCCCCAUCUCCGGAGCGGUAUCGUUUCGCUGGAUGGACUUCAUCGCCCGAAUCUUCCAAAACCCAUCUCGCCGAUGAAAUCCCUUCUCUUUUCUCGAUUCUCCUCGAUUAGGUCGAGAUCUAUUUUCUGUUUAAAGGGGCAGUCCGAUCCAAUGCCGGUUGUCUCGACCUCCUCCUUGGAACCAGAAGUUCGCACUGGCAUGUGGAAUUGGCAAGGUUAUCGCAUUCGUUACCAGUAUGCUGGAAAAAGUGGGCCUGCACUAGUUUUAGUUCAUGGUUUUGGGGCAAACAGUGACCAUUGGCAGAAAAACAUUUCUGUUCUUGCAAAGUCACACAGCGUGUACGCAAUUGAUCUUAUUGGUUUUGGUUAUUCUGAUAAACCAAAUUCGCGGAAGCCUGGCAUGAAUUCUAUUUAUACAUUUGAGACAUGGGCAUCCCAACUAAAUGAGUUUUGUGCUGAUGUCGUCAAAGAUGUUCCAUUCUUUAUUUGCAACUCCAUUGGAGGAGUAGUCGGUCUUCAGGCAGCUGUUAUGGAGCCUCAACUCUGUAAGGGUAUUGUGCUACUAAACAUUUCUUUAAGAAUGCUUCACAUUAAGAAGCAGCCUUGGUAUGCGAGACCUUUUGUUAAAUCAUUCCAGAGCCUAUUACGGAAUACAGCUGUUGGAAAGCUGUUUUACAAUGCAGUUGCCACACCGGACUCUGUUAGAAGUAUUCUAUGUCAGUGUUAUUAUGACACAUCUACGGUGACAGAUGAGUUAGUUCAGAUAAUUUUGCAGCCAGGACUUGAUCCUGGUGCAGCUGAUGUAUUUCUUGAUUUCAUCUGCUACUCGGAUGGUCCUCUACCUGAAGAACUGCUCCCUAUAGUGAAGUGUCCAGUUUUGAUCGCUUGGGGAGACAAGGACCCAUGGGAGCCUGUCGAACUUGGAAAGAACUAUGCAGAUUUUAAUACGGUGGAAGACUUCAUUAUCCUUCCCAAUGUUGGCCACUGCCCACAGGAUGAAGCACCAAAUCUUGUAAAUCCCCUAAUUGAAUCAUUUGUUAAGCGGCAUUCCAGUUGAGAGAUGGAUUCUCCAUCUUGAGAUAUAUAUGACAAUUUUGUUGAGACAUCUCCUCGGGUGUUGAUACUACCAUUUCUCACCUAACCACAAUUACCAGUUCAUUUGGAUCUUUCAUUCAAGAAUAGACACCGAAAUUCCAGAAUGGAUAAAUAACAUGACAUUCAAUUUCAACAGAUUUCCGAUUUAAUGUUUUGCUAUCUGACAUAUAAUAGAUAAUACUUUUAGUUUGUAAAUGAUUCAACUCUGUCCACUUUGGCAUUUUAUUAUGAUUUGUUUUAUGAGAACUGUUUAGGUCAUUUUAUUUAUCA